AUGCAGUCGUCCACGACGACCAAACGGUUGACGGAUGCUCAGCGCAUUGACAUCUACAUUAGAAUGUCGCUGCUCAAGGCCAACGGCCGCAUCAAGCAUGGCGAGCUCAAGAAGGUCUGCGAUGAGUUCAAGGUCACCAAGGGAGCACUGGCCAAGAUUUGGAAGCGCGCCUGCGAGACACGGGAGGUGGACGGCAUGGUUGAUGUGCGUUCCAUGAUCAAGGCGAACAGCGGGAGGCCACGCAAGCUGAACAUGGCUGAACUCGAAGCCAGGAUCAAAGGUGCCCCAGCUUUCCAGCGUUCGACGUUGCGCUCUCUUGCCAUUCUCAGUGACCACUUCGACAAUGGUUGUCAGUUUCAAGACGAAGCCGACUUGUCCAAUGUGGAUUCCAUUUACUCUCAAUUAGUUGGCGUCGAGUUAGUUUCAGAUGAGUAA